AUUUGCUUGGUCAAAAACUGACAGCUGUGAUCCAAGUUUUGUUUAAAUUUCAUGUAAAUAAAAAUAUAAAUUAAAUGGCAGGAUCCGCAUUAAGAAGGCUAAUGGCCGAAUACAAACAAUUGACCCUUAACCCCCCAGAAGGUAUCAUUGCUGGACCCAUUAACGAAGAAAAUUUUUUUGAAUGGGAGGCUUUAAUAACAGGGCCAGAAGGAACGUGUUUUGAAGGAGGUGUAUUUCCAGCAAAAUUGGUUUUCCCUUCUGAUUACCCAUUAAGUCCUCCAAAAAUGCAGUUUACCUGUGAAAUGUUUCAUCCAAAUAUCUACUCUGAUGGACGAGUGUGUAUUUCCAUUUUACAUGCUCCUGGAGAUGAUCCAAUGGGAUAUGAAACUAGCGCAGAACGGUGGUCUCCAGUUCAAAGUGUAGAAAAAAUUUUGCUUUCCGUAGUUAGCAUGUUAGCAGAACCAAAUGAUGAAAGUGGUGCAAAUGUAGAUGCAGCCAAAAUGUGGAGAGAAAACAGAGAUGAAUUUAACAGAAUAGCUGAAAAAAUUGUCCGGAGGACAUUAGGUAUACCCAUAUAAAACUAUUUCUGCACAUUCUCAAUAAACUGUAAAUAAGAUAAG